UGCUGUUCCGCUGUUCAGGGAGGGAGGGUUCCUGCUGAGUUGGAGCUGCAGCUUCACAGUUUCACUUUUGCAUCUGGGCGCCUCUUAGCACCGAGAUCGCGUGGGUCCCUAGCUGAGCAGGACGAAGACCCCUCCCUGGUCUCCAGCACGACCUCGCUUCCCUUGGUGGGACCAGACAGUUCAGUGGAGGUGAAGAUCUGAAGGUCCGAGGAUCAUGCCAUCGGUCUUUGUGGAAGUGGUUAGGAGCGUGCUCAAAGAGGUGUACCACAAAAAAGAGCUCAUCCCAGUGGACAGCCUUGGUAACUCUACCAGCUUCAGGCCCUACUGCCUCUUGAGCAAGAAACUCUCAAGCUCCUGGUUCUGGAAAUCCCGUUAUAGGUGUGUCAACCUGUCAAUCAAGGACAUCCUGGAACCCUAUGCUCCAGAACCAGAACCAGAAUGCUAUGAUCGCUUCAGGAUCUCUGUUGACGUUGAUGGGAACAUAAAGGGCCAGGUGACGCUGGCAGACACAGGACACAGGGAAAUUUCUGGUGCGGCUGCAGUGUCUAACAGUUGCAAUGUCUCCAUGAACUUGCGCAUACUGCGUGUAGCUCAGAACACAUGGGAGUCCCUGCAGCAUGAGAGAUGCCUGCGGCAACCUGAACACAGGAUCCUACAACAGCUUCGGAGCCGUGGAGACGAUGUAUUUGUGGUGACAGAGGUGCUGCAGACAGAGGAGGAGGUGCAGGUCACCAAGACCUACAGCAGAGAGGGCUCAGGCAAGUUUGCAGUGCCUGAAGCUUUCUUGAAGGGUGAAGGCAGGGGCCAGCUAAGCCGGAAGAAGAUGGUGACCAUUCCUGCAGGCAGCGUCCUUGCAUUCCGGGUCACCCAGCUGCUCAUUGACCCUACAUGGGACAUCCUUCUCUUCCCUGAUGAAAAGAAGAGGACCUUUGAGCUGCCCCAGUCAAAGAAUGACCAGAGGCAGCAUUCCUUUAGCCUGCUUGCGACAUUACGAUCUAUUGGGGAGCAUCUCAAGCUCCUUGAAGAUGGAAUCCAUGAGGAGCAGAAGGCCAGAGAAGACUUCCAAGGCCUGCGUGCAGAGGUGACGGCUGGAUGCACACAACUCGGGGACUUAGAAAUGGAGUUAAGACAACCGCUACUAAUGGACAUUGGGAGGAUUUUACAUGACCCGCCCAGCAUGGAAGCCCUGGAGGCCUCACUGGGACAGGUCCUGUGCCGAGGUGGACAGGUAGAACCUCUGGAUGGCCCAGCAGGUAGCAUUCUAGAGUUUCUGGUGCCUUCCUCCGGAGAACUGCUUCUGGAACUCGCUGCCCCCAUCUUCUACCUGUUGGGAGCACUGACUGUGCUGAGUGAAACCCAGCAACAGCUGCUGGCAAACGCUCUGGAGACAACGGUGCUGCCCAAGCAGCUAAAGUUGGUGGAGCACAUCCUGGAGAAGAGCUCCCCAUGGCAGAAGCAGAGCACUGUGGCCCUACCCCCCGAACUCCUUGGGAACAGCUGGCAUGAGGAGGCUCCCAUCUGGAUCUUGCUAGAAGAAUGUGGCCUAACGCUGCGAGUGGACACCCCCCAGGUGCACUGGGAACCAACAUCUCAGGGCCCCACAUGUGCGCUCUAUGCCUCCCUGGCCCUAUUGUCAACCCUAAGCCAGGGACCUUACUAGUCUGCAUGCCUCCCUUCCCCCAGCAUCCUCAUGUGCUGCCUCCAGCCAGGGCAGAAUUCAACACAGGGCUACAAUGCACGGAGGCAAGUCUAGGAGUUGGGAAAACUCAAUAAAUAUACAAAGAAAAGAA